ACACUGACUAACAGAAAGCUGUUCGACUUGAACGGACGCGUAUUUCGUUGGAAUAUAAAUUGGUGAUAAUUUAAAGUCGAAGACGGUACAGUAAAGCAACAUCAAGAUGGACUGCGGCACAUCUAUGGUCAAAUACAUCCUCUUCAUAUUCAACACCAUUGUGUCGGUUAUCGGCAUCUUGGGCAUUGUUUAUGGCGUGCUGAUUCUGAAGAGCAUCGGUGUAGUUGAAGUUAAUGGACAGGUGGGCUUCCCGAUACAGGCUCUUAUGCCGAUCAUUCUUAUCAGCUUGGGCUCGAUUGUGGUCUUCAUUUCAUUCCUGGGAUGCUGCGGUGCCAUUCGCGAAUCCGUCUGCAUGACCAUGAGCUAUGCCACCUUCUUGCUGAUCCUGCUGAUCCUGCAGCUGACGUUCGUUGUUCUGCUGUUUACCCACAGGGAAGAGUUUGAGAACGCAAUGGGAAACGUUAUCGAGAAUGCAUGGAAUUCUGAACAUACUUAUAAGGGAGGUGUCUUCGACACCAUUCAGAAAUCGUUGCACUGCUGCGGAUCAAGCUCUGCUCUGGACUACAUCGGCAAGGGAGACUUGGUGCCCCCAAGUUGUUGCAGCGGUUCGUGCCUGAUCCCGACUAACUACUACCCGGGAUGCCGUGGAAAGUUCGUCGAAUUAAUGACCACUGGAUCUGAUAACGCUAAAUAUGUGGGCAUCGGCCUCAUCGGAAUAGAGCUGAUCGGCUUUAUCUUUGCCUGCUGCCUGGCCAACAACGUGCGUAACUACAAGCGCCGGAACGCCUACUAAGCAAUAGGUGUAUCCAUCAACUACAUCUAGAGGCACACCCACAUCCAGUAGCACACACACCUCACAUUCUCAUUAACUUUUACAGUCGUUGAACGCACAUACACAACGGGAUACACAAUAACACCUUGAAAUAAGCCAUUUAAGUGGAUAUUUGUCACGGAAAAACAAGAAGAAGCUUAGUUUAAGGCGAUAUGAAAUGCUUACAUUUUUGAUAUCCUAUGUAUUUCUGGUAAAAUUCAUGUUAUACCUAUCGAACGAACGAGCAAACAAAGAUAUUUCCAAAGCCUUUGUACAAACGUUUUACUUGUUAAACCGAAUCCCCACACAUUAACAAAAUAAACACGUUAAUAAUGAUAUAUUUGUUCAAAAUUAAGGAUAUAAUCUAUAAACUGUUGAGAGUCCCAAUGCGAAAAGAAAUAUAAAUUUGUAAUAAACAUAUGUAUAUACUGGUAUAUAUGUUUGUAAGUACAUUGUUCAUUCGAUUCAUAUUUGUAAGGAGAAUCUCCGGGAAAGAUUUAAAUUUGGAAGAAGCGUCAAUAAUCGAGAGCUCGAAUUGCAUAAGAAAUUUAUGAAUAAAGCAUUUACUAUGUAUUUAUAUACC